UUUUUUUAAAUAAUAGAAAUAGCAUUGAAUGUUUUGCAAGCGAUGUUUGAUGUUUUGCAUGUAUGUUAUAUGGCUUGGUGUGUAGAUUUUAGGAAAAAAAAUGUGCCAUAGUUUCAAAAACUGUGUUAACAUUAAAAAAGCACAAUUUGAUGGAGACCUUAAACUUGCCAUAAACUUAAAAUCUAAAGAGUCUGAGGUAACUAUUUUACGCCUUUCACGGUCUUUUCUUUUAUAAAUAUAAAUAUUUUUAAUGCCUCUGCAAUCACAAACACAUUUACCUCAUUAUCAAGUCAUAUCUUAGCUCUGCAUUAAAAGUCACGUGAUGUGGGGUGGGGCUUAAGCUACCUAGAAAAGGGAAUUAAAGCCCUAAAAGCAGCCACAAGAAUGCCAGAAGAGGAACAUGGGUUACCUUCUUCAAAUCCUGCUCGCUCUGUUCAUUUCGGUCAUCGGCGGCCUCUACCUUCUGGGGGCUUUUCGUCGCAGACGGCCCGGAGAACCUCCUCUAGACAAAGGCCCAUUUCCCUGGCUUGGCCAUGUGCUGGAAUUCAGGAAAGACACAGCAAAAUUCCUGGAGAGAAUGAAAGAAAAGCAUGGUGAUAUAUUCACAGUACAACUUGGAGGCUUUUAUUUUACUUUCAUCACAGAUCCAUUUUCCUUUGGCUCAGUGGUUAAAGAGGCAAGAGCAAAGCUGGACUUUACUAAGUUUGCAGAGGUACUGGUUGCAAGAGUAUUUAGUUAUCAUUCCUUGCCAGAUGAACACAAGGCUCUCCAGACUAUAAGCAACAAACAUCUCAUGGGAGAUGGCCUGGUUGUCAUGACUGAAGCUAUGAUGAAAAAUCUCCAGAAUUUGAUGCUCCACAGUGUGGGAUCUGGGGAUGACAAGGCAUGGCAAGAAACUGGACUCUUUGCCUACAGCUACAACAUUGUCUUUUCUGCUGGCUAUCUUUCGCUGUUUGGUAAUGAGUCACCGAAAGGAGCAGGAUCUUUAGAAAAAGCUAAGGAAAUUGACCGGGAACAAUCGGACAAACUUUUCUGGGAGUUUAGAAAAUAUGACCAGCUUUUUCCCAAUAUGGCUUAUGGUGUCCUGGGACCCAGCGAGAAGAUGGAGGAAAUACGUUUAAAGAAACUGUUUUGGAACAUGCUUUCAGUGCAGAAGAUGAUGAGCACCAGAGACAAUAUCAGCGGCUGGGUGCAGGAACAACUGCAGGUCAGAGAUGAGAAAGGCAUGUCUGAGUCCAUGCGUGAUCGAUACAUGUUUCUGCUUCUGUGGGCAUCUCAGGGAAACACGGGUCCGGCCACCUUCUGGCUGCUCUUGUAUCUGAUGAAGCACCCUGAUGCUAUGAAAAAUGUCAAAAAAGAAAUCGAGGAGGUUCUCAGAGAAACUGGGCAGGAGGUGAAGCACGGUGGGCCAUUAAUUAACCUGACCAGAGAUAUGCUCCUCAAAACUCCCAUCUUAGACAGUGCACUAGAAGAGACUCUCCGUCUGACAGUUGCCCCUGUCCUUAUAAGAGCCGUUCUGCAGGAUACGACCAUCAACAUGGCCAAUGGACAACAAUACAUCGUCCGCGAGGGUGAUAGAGUAGCAAUGUUUCCCUACACUGUCAUUCAAGUUGAUCCAGAGAUUCAUCCAGAUCCCUACACCUUCAAAUAUGACCGUUUUCUCACAGCAGAUGGAAAGAAAAAAACUGAAUUCUACAAGGGUGGAAAGAAACUCAAGUACUACAACAUGCCCUGGGGAGCAGGAACCACCAUGUGUCCCGGGAGAUUUUUUGCAGCAAAUGAGCUCAAGCAGUUUGUUUUUCUCAUGUUGACAUAUUUUGACUUGGAGCUGAAAAACCCAGAUGAAGAGAUUCCAAGUAUUGAUGUCAGAAGGUGGGGUUUUGGCACCAUGCAACCGACUAGAGAAGUUCAGUUUAGAUACAGACUCAGAUUUUAAAACCUCAUGUAAGGAUGAUGUCAGAUUCUGACUAAA